AUGCACUGCGCACAAGCUGGAAAGUCUUUAAUUAAAUUCAACCACUGUGAGAAAUCCAUCUACAGCUUCAGUGUGCCUCAGUGCUGCCCCCUGUGCCACCAGGAUGUGGGCUCAAGGAAGCUGGAGGAAGCGCCUGUGAGCAUCUCUAACCCAUUUACAAACGGGCAUCAAGAAAAGUGUUCAUUCCUCCUCAGACCAACUCAGGGGACGUUUCUUAGGGAGUAUGAUGGAAGGUCUGAUCUUCACGUUGGAAUAACUAACACAAAGGGAGUUGUGUAUAACUACAAUGUUCAUGGUGUCCAGCGAGAUGAAGCAGGGUGGGAGCAGAGUCUAAGUAUCCCAUUACUGCAGCCCAACAUGUUUGGACUCAUGGACCAAUGGGACAGGUACCUGGAAGACUUCUCCACCACAGGGACCUGGCUGCCUCACAGGUAUGAGGAAGACCACCACAACUGCUACAGCUACACCCUCACGUUCAUCAACUGCAUUCUGACCAUGGAAGGCAGAGAGCAACUGGACAAGAGUGAGUUCACAGAGAAAUACGUGGUCCCGAGGACAAGGCUGGCUUCCAAGUACAUCACACUCUAUCGGGCAAUAGAAGAGCAUGGCUUCUACGUGACUGACCGUCCUGACCGAGAGACAGGCCCUGCUUAAGGAAGCGUCUGUGCCGAGUGCUGUGCGCAAGGGCAGAGGGGACAGGACGUUGGGGGAUUACCGCCUUUACUCAGCACUGUGGAUUUCUACAUGUAGUUAACUGUGGCAUGAAGAAAGUGUAUGGUUUUCCUUUAAGCAUAUUGCUGCUUACCACAGCAUAAGAAUUUAUAAAAACUAAUAAAAAUUGCUCUGGGUUUUACAAA